AUGAAGUCCCCACCACAACCAGCGACUGUCCACGAACUGGACCGAUACGGCGAUCCGAUGCUUCACAGAAUGGCUUCUGCGACUAGAGACCGCGUAACCAAGAGGAAUUCGACACCAUAUUCCUUGAAUGGAGCUCGGUACAAGUCUGAGAAAACUCCGGACUGUAUUCGGGGCGAGUCUACGCGCAGCGGCUCGCUGAAUGAGAUGGUCAUGGCCUGCGGACAGGACCCGAAAGUUCCCAUGAUUAUCUUCAGUACUAGCCAGGACACAGAUUCGGAGCGUAACGAAGUCCCCGGCUGUCGGUUCAGAAAGGUUUCUUUCUCUGAUGAUACGGAAGUAAUUGGUUCCCGCGCAAUGAGUGCUGGUCAACGGCGUAUUCGACUGACAGCGUUUAUUACAAAACAAGAUGAAGACCAUAUGGAUCCCAAAAUCUACGUGGAGCAACGGGUUUAUGAGGGCGUAACCGAUAAGACAAUUGUCCACGAACUUGCUUUUGGCGGCAGAAUCGAACUUGACAAGGAGUAUGAAUUCCUAGCCUGCGGCGACGAAGAUAGAACUUUGGGAAAGCGGGAUCUGAUGCUUCGCAUCGUAUCGCUUGAUCAGGAAAGCUUCGGGAACUACCUGCGGGGUCACACGACAUACUACGGUUACGAUAUCAAAGACAACAUCUACAUAGACGAAGAGAGCAUUUCCAAGGAGUCACCGCAUACGGUAUGGCGAAACAUGAGCCAUGCACCUUACAAGAUAUCAUUGAAUGCGAGAGAUUUGCAAAUCCUUCGCAAGGCCAAGCAGGAGAACCGGGAAACGAUGGACGACUUAUCGAGUGAGGAUAUUGAGCUCCUUCGGCUGCGUUUUGUUGGGCACGGACAUCCCGCGGAAGACAACUUGGGUGCAGGUGAUCUUGUUAUCUUUGUUAUCUAUAAGCCUUGA